AUGUAUUUCUUAUUUCUCCUCGUCUUUGUGGCUGUGUCGUCAUCCCAAAUCGAAACUUCUAGGAAAUGUGGUUGGGACACCACAGGUCUUCCAGAGGAGGAGAGUGGCACACACCAAAAUCGGUCGCCUCAGCAGAGUGCUGAAAUAAUUGAAUGGAGAAGAGGUCAGGGUGUUAUCGACGACCCAAGGAUACGCGCGCACUGA